AUGACUCUCAUUCACAUUGUCCUGUUCAAGUUUCGCGCAGAUGUUGGGGAUAAAGUGAGGCAGGAAUUUCUUGCACAAAUCAAGACUCUGAAGAAUCUACCCUGCGUUAAAAGCCAAAGGCUUGUUGUUGGAGGACCCUCAAUUACCGUCCCAAUCGAAAAAAGCAAAGGCUUCCAGUAUGCUCUGGUCAGCUACCAUGAAGAUCGGGCUGCGCUGGCCGAGUAUCAAGCCAGUAGUGAGCAUGAAAGGGUGACGAGCACAUACUUCAUUCCCUACAAGGAGGACCUGGUUCGCUUUGAUUUUGAAACAGAUCAUGCCGAUGAGGGCUUGCUGGGAUUUUAA